AAAGCGUUCGCUGACUUCAGUGUGCGCCGACCAGUUUAAGCAGGCAGACGACGGCCACUAUUCGGUUUUUGCUGAGAGUGUAUGUGUGUGUAAAUGUACGUAUAUGUAAAUGUGCCAACCACAUACAGCAACGAGCAUUUAUUUAGUCGUUAACGCGUCUCCGUGUGGAUAUUUUUACUUGUUCAAGUAAAAUUUAAUAAAAAAAUUUAAUUCUAAAACGUUCUCAUUCUUAUUCGUUUGUUUGUUACUUUCGAUAAAAAAAAAGUGAGUGAGUGUGAUUUUUGUUAGGGGGAAAAAAUUGAAGAAAAGCAAUUUUUGCACUCAAAACAUCUACAACAAACAAAAUGAACAACAAUUGCAAGUGUUGUGCAAAGCAAAAGUAAAAGAAAAUAUAUGAAAAAAAUUAUACUACAAAAAAACAAAAAAAAAUUAACGCAGCAGUAGUCAGCACGACGAGCUAUCACGACAAAACGGCAGCAUUCGAACACAAAAACAAAAGCAACAACAACAAAAACAACUUUAACAACGCCUGUGGCUGCUGUUUUUCCUCCUCUGCUUUCAGCAGCUCACUCACUUUUGGCUGCCUGUUGCAAAAUUAGCCAAUAAAAAAUUGAACAAAAAAAAUUUUUGCUUUGAAUUUCAAAAGAAAUAAAUAAAAUUUCUGCAGCAUUGCAGAGAGGUGCGGGAGUAAUGCGCAGUAUUCGAAAGCUGAAGCUGCAACUAGAUAUGAAAAAAGCAAAAAAGUAAAAACAAAAAAUUUAGAAGCCCCAGAGCAGUGGCAUUUGAGAAUUUCAAUGAAGGCUUUAUCGUUGAAAGCAAAAGCAAAGUAAAUUUUUUUUCCAAAUCUAUGACAACAAAAUCGUUGCAAAAGUUUAUUGUGCUGUUGAAAAGUUAAUUAUAUCGGCGCAUAGGAAAAUGCCUACGUUUCAAUGAUAACCAUGGAUGGAUUAAGAUUGGAAAAAUGAGCAAACACAUUGACGCAUUGAAUUCCUAAGAGGACAAAAGAAAAGCGGAAAACAAAGAGUCAAAAUCAAAGUGAAAUUUUGUGUUUAAUAAAUAAGAAAUACUUGCGCGAAUAAGUAAAUAGCAAAAACAUAUUUGAUUAAAAAAAAUAAAAAUUAAAUUAAAUUCAAACUAAGCAACCUAAAAAGAAAAUACACAGCAACAAAAGGGAGGAAGAGACUCUAAAACAACAGCUGCCUGUAAUUAAUAUCGUGUGCUCACUCGUACAGUUUCACUUUCAGUUGGCGGUGUUGUAAUAAUAAAAGCAAACGCCACAACAACAACAACAACAACUACUACAAUAGCCGCAAAAAAAGUGAAGUGCGAAGUGCAAAAUUCAACGCCAACAACGUGAACAUAUUUCCAUAGCACAAACAAAAAAACGCAUUUAUUCAUAUUUUCCAAUUCGCACAUUUUCCAACUUUACAUUUUUUCCACUUUUCGCUAUUUCGGCUUCGUAAAAUUUUCGUCGUUUCGCUGAAAAAUCGCGCGUGACGCGGCGUCCUCUUUUCGUUCAACUUUGUAUCUACGUUGCUGCCACUUCUUCUUCGACUACAGCUUAGUUUGCACUGCUGUGUUAUUUCUUGCCACUUCGCUUUCGGUUGCAAAUUUGCCACACACAACUGUACCGCCCGCUUGCCGCUCACUACGUGUGCAAAUUCGCUGUGCAGAGAUUUUUGCGCGGGCCUUCAGACUUCAGACUGUGUUAACCUUUAGAAAUUAAUAAUUUAAUUAGAAAUCAGCAUCAACAUUUUAUACAAAAUGUCACACAACAUUGCAAUUUUAUUGGCGAUCAUCGCGUCAAUUGUCACAAUAUGCACAUCACUGCCAGAUUAUCACAAACAAAUGUCGCCCACACAGCUGCAGUCGGUAUUCCAUGUCGACAGUGUGAACGCUGUGCCGCACUAUGAAGUCGUGCAGCUGCUACAUCACAGCUUCGACGAUGGCGUGGCGACGGCGUCACUGCCCGAGCAUUAUCGUCGCCGUCGACGACGCAGCAUAAACAGUGUGGCGCUGGACACGGAUGCUCGAGCGACCCUCAAAGAGCCACAUCAUGUGAAAAAGGACUUGAGUAAAAAUCCUUACUAUAGCGAACUGAAGGCGGCAGCUAAUGCGCCAGGCGCUGGCGGUGUGAAUAGCUUAGAGCAAGCGACGCGUGGCAAAUUUCCAAGCGAUUUACGCGAGCUGAAAGAGCACAAAGUCUCGUUUAAUGCUUUUGGUGAGAAUUUGAAUUUAACACUGAAACAUACAGAUAGUCUGUUCAAAGGUGGUUCACCGCACACGUUGCGCAUGUGGACAGUGCGUGACGAGGCGAAUGCGACGCAUGGCUUGGAUAUGGAAGAGGUGUACGAUGAGGAUGCUCAAUCCAGCGAUCAAAUUGGUCAAGUCUACCAAGACGAGACCAACAUGGCGGCCAUAUUGAUGCGCCGUCACUUGGAGACUGGUGAUUUAAUAAUGGAGGGCAGCAUUGGCCAUGAGAUGGUAAUAAAACCGCUGCCGCAUGAGCUCAGCCCAAAUCCAGACGCAGCACAUCAUGUCGUGUACAAACGUGAAGCGCAGCCACUAGAACAUUUGAGCGAUUUUGCUUUUAUGGAGCCCGACGAUUUGGAUAUUAGCGAAAAGCUUGAACGUCGCCAGCGUCGCUCUGCGCCAUUUGAUGGUGAUGAAGCGUCGUUAGAGGAACUGGACGAUGAAAUGGAGACAUUGUCAGCGGAAGCCACAAAUACACGCAAUAAACGCCAAGUGCCCUACAUCAUCUAUCCUGAGGUGUUGGUAAUCAUCGACUAUGAUGGCUAUCGGUUGCAUGGUGGAGAUAAUUUACAGGUGAAGCGUUACUUCAUUUCAUUCUGGAAUGGCGUUGAUCUGCGCUAUCGUUUGCUGAAAGGUCCAAGGAUACGUAUCAGCAUUGCUGGCAUCAUUAUUUCGAGGGGAAGAGAUGCAACACCAUACCUGGAGAGGAAUCGUGUCGGACGAGAUGCCAUCGAUUCAGCGGCUGCCUUAACCGAUAUGGGUAAAUAUUUAUUCCGUGAGCGACGGUUGCCCGUCUACGAUAUUGCAGUGGCGAUAACAAAACUUGAUAUGUGCAGACGUACAACAGCUCAUGGUGAAUGUAAUCGUGGUACAGCAGGUUUUGCGUAUGUUGGCGGUGCCUGCGUUGUGAACAAGCGUUUGGAGAAAGUCAACAGUGUUGCCAUCAUUGAGGAUACUGGUGGUUUCAGUGGAAUCAUUGUCGCUGCUCACGAAGUUGGACACUUGCUUGGCGCCGUGCACGACGGCUCACCACCACCCAGCUACCUUGGCGGUCCGGGUGCGCAACGUUGCCGUUGGGAGGAUGGCUACAUAAUGUCCGAUCUGAGGCAUACGGAGCGCGGUUUCCGGUGGUCACCAUGCACCAUACAGAGUUUCCACCAUUUCCUUAACGGUGAUACCGCCACCUGUCUACACAAUGCACCACAUGAGGAUAGCGCGCUGGGACGCGCAUUACCCGGCACACUGCUUUCGCUGGACGCGCAGUGUCGUCGCGAUCGUGGCACGUACGCGUGCUUCAAGGACGAGCGUGUCUGUGCGCAACUAUUCUGCUUCGAUGCGCAGACGGGUUAUUGUGUGGCAUAUCGGCCGGCGGCCGAAGGAUCUACGUGCGGCACUGGAUUGCAAUGCCUGGACGGUCGGUGUACACCACUCACUUCGAAUGUCAUACCUGCUUAUCGGUCUUACAACAAUACCGUGAGCGCUGCCGCCAAAUUGCAACAACAUGCAACACUGCACAACAAUAACGACAACAACAACAACAACGAAGAUGACGUAGACGACACCGAGGACAAUGUCGAUGACGCCAACGUGGACGCUGACGAUGACGAAAGCAAUGAGGCGAUUGACGACAAACAACAAAAACGUAAGUUUCAAACAGCAACAACAGUAAGCGCGAAUGCACAACAACAAGAACACACACAACGCCUACAAAAAGCGCCGCCACCGUUAGCACCCACGCGCAGCAGUAGCAGUAACGACGGCAGCGGAGGUAUUAACAGUAGCAGCAAUAAUAAAGCGCUGCAACGUCCUGCCACAUUCAUUGAUGCUUACUUGAAAAAGUUGCAAGCACUUAAUACGCCAACAGAUGUAACGGCAACACUAACGGCCACCACCACGGGCACAACUGUAUCGACAUCGAGUGUGAUAGGCAGCAAUGGCAAGGCAGUUGCAACGGGAACGCAUGAAAGUGAAACGGAGAAGCGCGCACAGCCGGAAACAUUUGGCAGCCAUUUUCUGAAACGUACGCAAAAUUCAAAUAGUAGAAGUAGUAGUGGCAAUGGUAGUGUUGGUAGCGGUAGCAAUAGCAACAGUAAUCAUAACCACGGUAAUAGUAGUAGCAACAACAAAAACAACAACCAAAAUAGAAAUCACAAAAAACUGACACGCAUUUCAAGCCACAAUGGUGCGGCAACAUUGAAACCACAACAAAACGAGUAUGACAAUGUAAGCGAAAACGAACAAACGGAACAGGUUGUGAGAGGCGCAAAUAAUGGGGAACUGCGCAUUGCGACGACAACACAACAACCUGCUUAUGUGACAAAUUAUAUAGGCGAUAAUACAAAUAAUUUGCCCAGAUUGCUUGAACAGCAGCAGCAACGGCAACAAGAACAACAGUCAUCCUCAACAAAAACAACAUCAACAACAACAUCCUCACAACCCAACCAACAAUCACAACAACAACAACAAAAAGCACAUAAAGUUAAAACACAAAAACUCAUACGCCGUCAAUUGUUGCGCACACAAAUUAAAUGAGCAAAAUUAUGCGUGAAUUCACUCAAACAUAUGAGUAUGAGCAAUUGCAAAAUAUAGUUUGUAUUACUAUUUAUAUUCUUAGCGAUAAAAUCUGCAAAUGGAUUGCAUUUCUUUACCACAGCAUACGCGUCUCGUCUAAAUAUCGUUACCUUAAGCAACCACUCACUCAUUCACACACUACUCCACUUCACCACACAUUCAUAGAUUUGGCCAAAUUAGCUGUUGCCGACUUGCGCUUAAUGGCAAUUAGCUGUACGCGCAGAGAAGUCAGUUUAGACAAGUCAAAGUAACGCAAAGUGGCACUAAAAGUGAAUUGCGCUCUUAAGAAACUGUACUCCAUAAAUAACGGCAACAAUUUAGGCAUUCUAAGGCAUCAGUCCACUAGCCACACUCGUAAGAAUCAGAAAAGAAAACCCACAACAAUAUAAUUGUCACUGUCAGCUUUCGUUACAAAACUACAGACAUGCGUGGUUAACUGGAAGACGUUUCAUUUUUGAUAAAACAAUUCCGUUGCUGAUCGAUUGAAGGCGUAGUCAUGUAUUUUGGUGUUAAUUGCUAUGUUCUAGCAGCAAUCUGAUGACCCAAUUUUUACCAAUAACAAACUUGUAACGACAAAGUACAGAGCAUAGCAACAUGUGUAACAGCAAAUGGCGAUGGCAGCAGCGGUAAAGUUAACGAGCAUCUCAACAAUAACAAUCACGACAACCCUUUGACAGCCGACCAACAAGCAGACAAAUAAAUUCAAGAAAUGGAUUAGCAGCAUGGAAAACACCAACAUCAUAGCAAUUUUGAUUUUUUAGAGAAAUUUUUAAUUAUAAAAGAAAAUAAGUUGUAAUAGAAAUAAAACACAAGCAAAAAAGGGAGUUGUGACAAAAGCCUGCCAAAACACACUUAUAAAACCAUCCAUAAACCCAUGAAAUGCAUAUAAAUUCAUUUAAAUUUUCUAUUCAGAAAACCCACACACUACCUACAUACUAAUAAAAGCAUACAUACAACCAUGCGUCGUAAUAUUAGAUAAGACAUCGAUCAAAUAUAACCACACUUGUGAGCAUUCAUAUUUAAUUUUUGCAUAUAUUAUUUGUAGUAUAUAAAGGAAAGCGAGCAUAGUUAGAAUUUAUUUUGUUUUAGGUUUUAAUUAUUUAAACACAUCCGUGUGUAUGUUAAUAUACAUAUACAUGCAUAUGUGUAUGCAUUAAAGAAUAGUUUUAUUUAUAUUAAUUGUAUUUUUUUAAAUAAAUUCUAUGUUUUUGUUUAUUUGUUAAAAAAUUUAAAUGCACUUAACUGCAUAGAUUAGAAAUUAAAAAAAUGUUGAAGUAUUCUGAAAAACUAACAACAAAUCAAAUUAAAUUAAUAGUAUUGUGCGAAUCCCCAUAACUCAUACUUUGUAAAAUGAAUAUUAUAUACCAACCCAUAUUAUUUGAUAUGUAUUAAUUUUCAUGUCCGAAAUUUUUGUCAAGCAACCAUUUGGAAAAAAUAUUCACUAAAUUGUAUUAGCAAACUACUACAUACACACACUGCAUUGGCAUAUUGUUUAAUUGUAAAGUGUUAUUGUAUUUUAGACGCACUUUAAACAAUAUACUAAGUGAAUAUUUUAAGCGUAAUUUACUUUGUAUGAAUAUGUCAUUUGACAAAGUAUGUAAAAAGGAGCGGAAAAUGAUGUUUAUAAUAUAAAUAUAUUUAGCUAAAUACAUAAAAAAAACUUAAACGUAGUUAAAUGCGAGAGAAUUGUGAAAAUCAUAAAUUUAGAG